AUGACCUGGGUAUCCCAUGCCACCCCCGAGGUGGACGCCAUUUCCCAAUGGCGCACCAUUGUCGCCGUCUGCGUCAUCCUCACCAUCAUCUCCUUUGCCGUCGUCGGCUUCCGCCUGUGGAUCAGCUUCCGCGGCCGCGGCCUCAUGGCCGACGACUACGUCGCCGCCGCCUCCUUCCUCCUCGCCUUCAUCUACUCGGUCCUCACCAUUGUCCAGACCAAGUACGGCCUGGGCCUGCCGCUCAGACUACGCUCCAAGGACCUCGACGACGCCGCCACCUACAAAAAGGUCAACUUUGCCGGCCGCCCCAUCUACCAGUUCGGCGUCAGCCUCUUCAAGGUGGCGCUGCUCAUCAGCUACCUCCGCCUGCUGCAGGCGACGAGCAAGCGCAACUACCGCGUCCUCAUCUGGGCUGCUAUUGUGGCCGUGUUGCUCGGCCACCUGGGAAGCGCCUUUGCCCUCAUCUUUGCCUGCAAGCCUGUCCGCUUCUCGUGGGAAUUAAAGGUCAACGACCCGCACCCGACGUGCGUCAAUCUGUCGCAGACGUCCCUGAUAUACUCCCUCAUUACCAUCAUCUCCGACGUGCUCGUCGCCGUGCUGCCCAUCCCCGUCCUCUUGACGCUCAAGAUUGCCAAUGCCAAAAAGGCCGGUCUCGUAGGCGUCUUUCUACUUGGCCUCUUCACCACCAUCUGCUCGGUCCUGCGUCUGGUUCAGCUCAACCGCAUUUCCUUUGGUGACGGCAACUCGACUAUGCUAAUUCUCUGGGGUGUCAUUGAGUUCAACGUUGGUAACAUGGUGACGUCGCUGCCGUUCCUCGCCCCCGUCUUUAUUAAAAAGGCCAAGGACAUGAGCUACCGCCGCUACAAGACCAACAGCCGCGUAACCGAAGCAUCCAAAAAUUCGCGACUGUCGAGGCAACCGGGCGGAGGAAGCGAAAUGUACCACCUGGAGAAAGUCAAGCACUACCCCAACCACCAGAGCACCGUGGUCGGAUCUAGCCAGUCCUCGGGGAGCGUCGAGAAUAUCCUCCCCAAAGAGGGCAUUGUCAAGUCGGUCGAGUACUCCGUGUCAGUGGACAAGACGCAGUCGGAGCAGCAAAACACGCCCUGGCACCCCGUCUAA